AUGAUACGACGACGCUGGUCAAUGACGAACGAAGUAGCACCCGAAGCAAUGAAGAGUGUGCAGGUGAUCAAAGUAGUGGUGCGCAGUGCGUCAGCGAAAACUAGGACGGGGAAUGUGAAUAGUCUGGAGAAGGCGGGAUUGGGUGAGAGAGAUGAUGUGUGGACAGGGGCGGUGCCAUUGUAUGAGGUUCUGGGGGAGCCCGUGGGGAGUGGUUAUUGUCCGGAUAGGCCGAUGCAGGAGGGUUUGGUGGAUUGGAGGAUGAGGAGGAAUGAGAAGGAGAAAUCGUAUGCGGGGACGGCGGCGCAACCUUUGAUAGAUGGUAAAAAGUAA